AUGAACUUGCCACUCUCACCAAAAGGAGCGAUCGGUGAGUUGCCCCAGUUUCUUCUCGAGCGCAGUGAAAAUGACGACGACAUUGGAAACAGCAGUCCAAUAUCUGGCAAGUUGACCACUCCUAAUUACGUGAGAGAAGCAGCCACAUCGAUUGCAUCACGGUGGCAAUGGAAGUACUGGAAGAAAUCUUCUCCUUCGUCAUUAACGCAACUACGGCACAAGCAGCGUAAAUACCCGUUGCCUGGAAAAAUACUAACACCUCUGCCCGCCUCGUCAUCUCCAGGACGACAUAACGUCGAAAAACUCGACAACCUCAUCGAUUCUAUAGCUGAGCACCAUUUUCUGCCUUCAAGACCAUGUUCAGCUGAGACGAGUGCACAUAUUUGUUUUGAAUCGCCGUUGCCACCACUAGAGCAGCAGAUAGUCCAGAGACCAAGACUUGUUCUUGACAUCAAUGGCGCCCCUACCAUUGCGAUGGAGCAGAUCGUACGGCUUCAGGAGUACAUCGAGCCAAAUUCACCGGUCAAUGCUCUACAGCUCGCUGUAAUACCCAAGAAGUGUUCGGGCGGCGAUGAAAUCGCUCUGAUGCCGUGCCAUUCGCUGCAGCAUCGCGGCUACGAGCUGUUGUCUGCUGAGUUGUGGCGCGAACCUGUUCGAAAUCGAAACAAACACUGGUUACACGAUGAACUACCGUUCUUAGUGAGGGGUACCGUAUCCACAAUACGCUGGAGAAUGACGAAAGCUCCGAGCGCAAAUAAUCGUGGCAAGUGGACGAGAUUCGAAACCUACAAGCUUCACAUUCCAUCGCACCCAACAGCAACAACAUUUGACACUCGUUCAAGCUCCGUUAGUCCAGUGAAAAAACCUCAGCGUGUUCUUUUGCGAGCUCAGGGAAUACUGAUCUCUCGAAGUUAUUGCGUGGUUUCGGUGUUUGGUGAAGGAAUCUACGGACGGCUGUAUGGCGCUGGUUUAACUGGGAAAGACAAGAAACGAUAUUUACGCGUGGAAGCGUACAAUCCAGCCACCAGUCGAACAUACUCGUUGGUCGUAACGCUGCAAGAUAUUGAGUGGAUUUUCCGAGUUGGAGGUGACGAUCCCGAGCGUGAAGCGUUACUAGCCCCAGGUAGAAAACAGGAAUUACUACGCCAGCUUAUCACAUUGCUCUAUUUUGAAUAUCCUGAUGACCCAAACAAUGCAGAUGAUUCUGGAGAUGCUGUGAAAAACCAUAAAAUUAGGAUACCAGUCCUAAAAAUCUCGCCAGAGAUUCAACUCAACGAGUCUGCAGUUCGGCGACUUGAACGAGAAGAACGAUUACGACAGGAUGAAGCUCGCCGGCUUGAGGAAUUGGCUGCAUUACUUGAAAAACCCCGCCGAGCACGACAUCGGCUAUUGUGCCGGACGAUGAAGCUUCGUGGUCGGCACUUUUACGUCUCGAUCUACCAUUUCCCAGCUCAGGCUCGAAACCUGAUAAUAACUGCAUACAACUCAAACUCCUCGAUCACAUAUCGGCUCACAAUCGGAUUGGUGGAGGCUGCAUCGCUCGUGAAAUUGUAUCCGUAUCCGCGAGGUGGCUUUAGUCCUGAACAAACGAUGCUGGUGGCGCAAGGUUUGCUGUCAAGGCUACAGCUUCUUGGACAUGAACGUAGCAAACCGAACGCACGCAUGAUGCUCGCGAUCAAUGGCGGUCGAAAAGGAUCUGGGAUGAACGCUCUUCCUCUGCUUGCUCCUAUGAUGACCUCGGAGCUAAAACGCGAUGAAUUAUUCAACAAAAUGCUGCAAGAUAGUCAACGUUCGCUGCAACUUGAACUGGAAAUGACGCAACUUCGACUCCACAAUGAAGCUGAAGCUGAGCGCGUUGAAAUCCGACAGAAAAUCACUAUUAUCGAGACUAAGCGUGCUGAGAUAAACGAGAAGGACCAAGGACAGAGGAUACGUAUCGAAGAGAUUGACGCUGCAGGAGGCGGUGGAAAUGUCGAUGCUAAACGUUUGCAUGAAGAGCGACGGGCUCUUAAGACAGCGAGACAAGCACUUAAAGCCGAGAUGAAAACUUCAGCAGCGCAAUUAACCGAGUUAAAGCAACAGCUGCAAGCUGUGGGCGAUAAAGAGAAGGCGGCUGGUGAGCGUGCUCAACGACGAGCUGACAGGGCUCGGAAGCGAAUACGUGAAGAUGUGGCGCAAACUUUAGCGGCAAUACUGCAGCCAACAAUUCAGUCAAAGCGACAACUGCGAGUAGGACAACGCACGUGGCUUGCGAGGAUACACAUGCGUCCUGAUCGCACGUUUCUGGGCUCUGGAGGAUGUCAAAUAUCAAGAAAGCGUCUACGAUACUCUCUAUUCGCGUUAGAACCCGAGAGUAGUGACGAUGUGGACGUCGUUGAUGCCAAUAGGCAGUUGUUUACACUGGAGCUGUAUGAUCCUUUCACUUGCUGCCGGUGCACGAGUUUUGUCUUUUCGAAACUGGAGUGGCUAGCACUUACGAAAACCCACCUUGAGCAGCAACAAUUAGUGCCAGAACUUGCUCCUGCGGCGUCAGAUGUGGUCAAACGUCUCGCUGAGCUGCAGGAGACAAUGAAAGACACUCGUCAAGCAUGCUUUACCAUGAAAUCAAGUGGUGCUUCAUCGAAAGGGAAGACAUUAAAGACAAAAGCUGCAUCCAGUAAGAAGAAACGAGAGGAGCUACAACGUGCGAUAGCUGCAGCGAGUAACGAGAUCCACCGAAUACAUCGAGAAGCGCCAUGGCCAGUACUGGUCAAAGCGCUCUGUGAACGAUGCACCAUCACUCCAGCAACAGAUACUACGACCUUCGAUAUCACCUUGGACCGAUGUAUAUUCCGUGCUGAAUCGCCUGUGCUCCGCAUCACAAACGACGAGAAUGAUGGUCAAGAAGAUGAACCAAGCGCUGUGGAUUGUCAUGUUCGAGCAGAAGUGCUUCCUUUCGCCGAAGCAGUAGUGAUCGAGGUGUGGGAUCCUCGUGAUAGACAACUAUGGAGACUUGAAUACCCUGAAAGUCGUGAGCUGCUGCAUGAGUUCGAAAUCGAGACUUUCGUCGAGCAGCAGAUGCAUCUCGAGGCCAUUACAAUGUCACUAAUGCUGUACCCGAACACAGAAACUGGUCGUCUCGAGUUGCGCUUUGAGGAGUGACAGUAUAAAUUCUAGAUCAACAUAGUAGAGAAGAACAGCCACCAGAUUUGUUAAAGUAUUCGUGUUUCUCCGUCGACUUGAGCCUUAAACGCAUCAACAGAGGCAGAGCUGGCCUAACUGAAGGAACUGUGAUCCUUGGUGUUGCCUGUAAGA